AAAUUUGUUAUGCCUCCUAAAGCUAAAACUGUAGGUUGAUUUCCCUAAUUUGUCAUACAAACUGAAACAGAAAUCACCUCACUGCUCCAAGAUUUAUCAACAAUACUGAUCAGCUAAACAGUAGAUAGCCGAAUUUGCCAAAACGAUUUCACCAAGGCUGAAAAAUGUCGUUGCCCUCAACGAAAGAUGUCCCCGCAGAGGAAGUUUCCACUGAUCAUAUAAGUAGACACAACUGCAAUCCCCAGGAGACAAUCAUUUCCGUACAAGAUCAGGGCUUCUGUUUGAGCACUGGUGAUUUAGAGAAUCUCAGGUCUUUAGAUGAAGCCUGCAAAGCUGCUCAAAAUGAAACAACUGCCCCACCAUUAAUACAAAGGGUUCCAUCCUUGCUGAGCGGGCAAACAGAAUUCCUCAAGUAUUUCAAGCCAAGGGUGAUUGCCAUCGGUCCCCUCCACCACGAUGAUCCCAGUCUCCGGGGAGCUGAGAAGCUCAAGCUUAAACUGGCAGCACAUUUCCUGAACAAUCAUGUUUCUGAAAAGAAAGUCUUAUACAGCAAGAUUAAGAUGGAGAUAGCCAAAUUGAAGAAAUGCUACAAUCGCACGGAAAUAGAGAAAUAUUAUGAUGAUGAUGAGAAGCUCACUGGGAUGCUCUUUCUGGAUGGUUGUGCGGUUCUACAGGCAAUUUAUCUACUCCCUGAUCCUCAAGCCAAGGACAAAGAGGGUGCCCCGAAUGAAUUGAAUAUUAAAAUUGAUUUGCUGGCAUUUGUGCACCUAGAUUUGUUAUUGUUGGAAAACCAGCUACCUUACCGCGUUCUUGAAUUGUUGAUAAGCUCAAGCAACAAAGGCCAAAGGUUUAAGGAAUCAAUCAAAAGGUUCAUUGACGUAAAUGCUAUGACUCCAGCAGAGGUGAUGAAAGAGCAGCAGCGGCAGCAGCAAGAACCAAAGCAAGGAAAGCAACAGAAACAACAAGAAGAACCAAAGCCUGCUCAUCUUCUGGAUUUUCUGCGAACAAGACUGCUAGCCAAAACAGAAGAGAAGGAAAGCUCAGUCCUAAGCAAGGGGUGCAAUUGGCUGUUCCAACAUAUAGAAUCAUGUUACCAAAAAGGUAAGACAAGUCAUCAUUCGCAUACAUUUCGUAACGUUAAGGAGCUUAGAGAAGCAGGGAUUUGGUUGAGACCUAGUGAAACCAGCUGCCUCAAGGACAUCAGUUUCAAUCGCGUAUGCUGUGUGGGGAAACUAAUGCUCCCGCCUAUCACAGUGGACGACUCAACAGGGCCCAAGUUCAUGAACUUGAUAGCUUAUGAAAUGUGCCCAGAUUUCGACAAUGACUUCGUUGUCACCUCUUACAUAUGCUUUCUUGAUUCUUUGAUUGAUGAAGCAGAAGAUGUUAAGGCGUUGAGAGACGCAGGCAUACUCUUCAAUGGGCUGGGAAGUGAUGAAGAGGUGGCUAAGCUUUUCAACAAGAUGAACACGGACUUGGUGCCCAAUCCAGAACGUUAUUCUAAAGUGACGGCACAAAUCCAGAAUCAUUGCAGCAACAUCUGGAUCACCUAUGCAGCUCAAGCCUAUCAUACCCAUUUUAGAAGCCCUUGGACUUUCCUAGCAUUUGUGGGCGCCAUUGCAGCACUUCUUCUUAGUGCUCUUCAGACUUACUACACCAUCCAUCCAAAAAAUUGAGACGUACAUGUCUGCUUAUUUAUUUUAAUUUAAUAAGCUUAAUUACUUGCUUGCAACCUUGUGAUUUUCAUUUCCCGUAUACAUAUAUACAGAAGCCAUAAAAUUUUGGCUGGGUUCUUAUCCUUGAGUAAAAGCAUCAAUUUCAACAAUUGAAUAAGCAAAUUUCUCUCCUGCCAUGGGCAGGGAAUACAGAUG